UUGUGAGUGCGCAAGUCACGUUUUUUUAUGAAUUUGACCUAGCUGGAGCGGGCGUUUGGCUGUUAAUACGGUUUUGGAAUUAUGUCGAUUCCUAGAAAAAUUGCAAUUUUUGGUGCCAGCGGCCAGAUAGGAAUCAAAGCCACAGAGUUCGCUUUAGAACAUGGCUGCCAGGUGCGAGCAUUGUUGAGGGACCCAGAGAAACUGCCAGAAGCGUUAAGGAGUAAAGUUGAGGUGGUGAAGGGUGAUGUCACUAAGGAAGAGGACGUGAAAGCAACAGUAGCUGGACAGGAUGCUGUUGUUGUAACGCUGGGCACACGGAAUGAUUUAAAACCAACUACUGUCUUAUCUGAUGGGAUGAAGAACAUUGUUGCAGCAAUGAAGCAGCAAGGCGUCCAGCUUGUCUCUGUCUGCAUUUCAGCAUUUUUGUUUUAUGAGCCAGAAAAAGUGCCAGCAAUCUUCCAUGCAUUAAAUGCUGAUCACCAAAGAAUGUAUGAUGUUUUGAAGGAGAGUAGUCUGAAGUGGAUUGCAGUUCUGCCACCUCACUUUACAGAUGAACCAAGCAGUCACUACAGUGUCAAGCAUGGAUCUUCACCUGGUCGUGCUAUUUCAAAACAAGAUCUUGGCGCUUUUAUGAUUGAAAGCUUAUCAAACCCAGAGCAUUACGGCCAAACAUGUGGAAUUGCUAACACUCCAGAGGCAGGAGAUAAAUAAUUAUAUUGUUGUUCUUAGUACAAUACAACUUUGUCAAAUAAUGAAGUAAAUAUGGCUGUCAAAUGAGGGGUUAAGAUUGAGUCUGAGUGCAUUACAUACUGUUCAGCAUUAAGUUUCAGUUAAGAGGAUUAAUGCUAAAUAUAACAUAAGUUUCAAACGAUGGAAACUCCAUGUAGGAAUACAACAAUGUAGGAAAAGACAGAUUGCUACUUGCCGUAAAGAAGACACAUCAAGUUGUAGACAGGCACGAUUAAAAGACAGUCACAUAUAGCUUUCAGGCCGGAAAACCUUGGCUUGCAGAUGUGCCAUUUUUAUCAUUGGUUCAGGUUUCCAGCCCAAGAUGCUGGAGUUUACGGUCAUGUGUAUGUGAGGUGUGAUUCCUUGUGUGUGUGUGUGUGUGUGUGUGUGUGUGUGUGUGUGUGU